AUGUCAAACAUUGCUACCUCUAAUGGUGUAUUUGAUGCCUCGUCUAUAACCCAGGUAAAAAAAUACAUCGCCAACAAAGUAUUAAAUCUUGAUUACGAAGUCGAUCAUUCUCGAUUAUCCGAGUGUGCGGCAGAAAUUGCAGUAACUGUAUUUCCGAAAUGGAAUAAAAAUGAUUUGGAAUUCACCCAAUUUACUAAUGUGAUAAAAUGUAGAAACAAGGUAGAAAACGUCAUACUUCUUAUCCGUGCCUAUGGAAUGAUGACUGAAGUAUUUUUGAAUCGAGAGCAAGAAAUUCAGAAUAUGGUCUCACUUUCGCACUUAGGCUUCUCUGCUCCAAUAUACGCGAAAUUCAAAAAUGGGCUUGCAUAUGGUUAUGUUCCCGGCCGACCAUUAACUCUCGAGGAUUGUAAGAAGCCACAAAUUUAUUCACUAAUUGCGAAGAAAUUAGCCGAAUUACAUCGUCUUAAUCUUCCUGGUUCCCGAGAACCGAUGGUGUUUCCUACCAUUCAUGAUUGGAUUCGUAAAGUUCCGCCGCGGUAUACGAAUCAAAAAUUUCAAGCGCAAUUCGAAAAAGACAUUAAUUUGCCGCAGUUGAUAAAAGACAUUAAUCAUUUGGAGAAAAAAAUUUUAGAACUCAAUGCGCCCGUAAUGUUUUGUCACAACGAUUUAUUAAACUUGAAUAUAAUUUACAAUGAAGACGAGAACAAAGUUUCUUUUAUUGAUUACGAGUACGCUUGUUAUGGAUACCGAGGAUUAGAUAUCGGGCUACACUUUCUCAAUUUUGCAGGUUUCGAAGCUAAUUGGCAUUUAUGCCCGACUAAAGAUUAUCAAAUUAAAUGGCUUCGACAAUAUCUUCUGGCAUAUAAUUCAGGAACCACCGAGGUAACAGAUUACGAUGUUGAGCUUCUUUACCGAGAAGUUAAAAAAUUUGAAUUAGUCGGUCUUAUUCAUGUUGGAUUAUGGGCCUUACUUCAAUCUGAUUUAUCGGAUCUUGAUUUCAAUUUUAUGGGUUAUGCUGUUGAAAUUUUUAAAGAAUUUUAUCGUCUUCGUGAUCACGAGAAAAUCUUGAAACUUUAA